AGCUAUAAAGGAGCUCCAGUUGGAGACUGCAGCCGGCUCACUGAGACGUACUGAUGAGCGGGCGGCACGGUGAGUGUUUGUGUUAAAGAGAGCCUCCAUCUGUGUGAAGUAAAAGAAAAGAAAAAAAAACCUCAAGACUUGCUUAGUGGGAGGCUGAUCCCAGAGCAGAGGAGGAGGAGGAGAGAGGAAAAAGCAGGAGGAAGACUUGAAGAGACGCACAUCAGAGCGUGGAACAGGUCCCCUUUGCAGCCCCUCCAGCCUGAGCAGACAUGCCUAACUUUGCCGGCAACUGGAAGAUGCGGAAGAGUGAGAAUUUUGAUGAACUACUCAAAGCCCUCGGGGUGAACGCCAUGCUAAGGAAGGUCGCCGUGGCUGCAGCCUCCAACCCUCAGGUGGAGAUCCGUCAGGAUGGAGAUCAGUUCUACAUCAAAACGUCCACCAGUGUGCGCACCACCGAGAUCAACUUUCACAUUGGGGAGGAGUUUGAUGAGGAGACGGUGGACGGGCGGAAGUGCAAGAGCCUCGCCACCUGGGAGUCAGAGAACAAGAUUCACUGCCAGCAGACCCUGGUGGACGGCGACGGCCCCAAGACCUACUGGACCCGGGAGCUGAACGGAGAUGAGCUCACCCUGACGUUUGGUGCAGAUGACGUGGUGUGCACGAGGGUCUACGUGCGAGAGUGAAGCUCAACGAUCUCAAGCUCAACAAAUGUCAUUUGAAUCCAUCCUAACGACCUGCUAACAUGUUUACCGAGCAUCCUGUGUAAUCUCUCUGCAUCACUCCUAUUAGAGUCCACAUGCAGCUAGCUGAGCCUGGUUAUCUGUAGUGAUCAUCGUGUCUGUAGCAGUAGCAGGAUACGUCAGUGUCCUUCCAUUUAUGCAACCCUGAUGACAGCUGUUUCUGUGAGAUUUAAGAGACAAAGCAUCCAACAUGUGUUCAUAAACAAUAAAGACGAUAAAAUUGGAACCAA